GGGGGCAGCCAAUACAAAUUCGCGUGCAUCUUGUUUUCGUAAGAAGUCAUGGCUGCUGUGGCGUUGGUGCAGGGCGCGAGUAGAGGUCUGGGCUUUGAGUUCUGCAGAUAUCUACUCUUAAACAAAUCUCCAACAGCCGUGAUCGCCACAUGCAGAAACCCGGACGCCGCACAACAUCUGGCAGCCCUGAGCGCGCAGCACGCGGACAGACUGACUGUCCUGAAACUGGACGUCUGCAGGGAAGAUGACAUUAAGAGGGCAGCAGAAAGUGUCAGCGAUGCCUUUGGGAAAGUGGAUUUGAUCAUUAAUUCUUCAGCUAUGCUUCAUCCGUCUGGUAAAGGAGAAACAAGUUUACGAGAAGUGUCCGCUCAGGGAGUAAUUUCCACUUUGACCACUAAUACAGUGGGUCCACUGGUGAUGGCCAAGUAUUUUGCCCCCCUGCUUCAGAAGGGAACAGGGGCGUUUGGCCAACAGUCCCCAAAGAAAGAGAAACAGCACAGUGGCAUCAUUGUGAACAUGACUGCUAGAGUGGGAUCUAUAGGAGACAAUGCUCUUGGAGGCUGGUACAGCUAUAGGAUGUCUAAAGCUGCCUUAAACAUGGCCACCAGAAACCUGUCCAUUGAGCUGGGACGAGGGCGCUCUAAAAUUGUGUGUGUAUCCCUGCAUCCUGGAACUGUGAAUACAGAUUUGUCUCGGGCCUACCAUCGCAACGUACCCAAGGACAAGCUGUUCAGCACAGAGUACUCAGUCCAAUGCCUUAUGAACAUUAUAGAUACUCUAAAUAUAGACAAAACUGGUAAAGCCUAUGCAUGGGACAGUACUGAAAUACCUUGGUAAACUUUGUGUGUUUGUGUGUACCCCAUUUUAAAAUAAAGGUGGAAGAGAAAAAAUGACAAAUCAUGCUGGAACAAAUUAAGCGAAGUCUUGUACAGAAAAUGAAUGUUUGCAUAUUAAGGAAACAUUGGAUUUCAAAAUUACUGUUGUUUUAUAAAAAGCCUUUGAAACAUACAAAUACAUUCCAGAAACACUUGAAACUGUCCUUGUUUCUUUUUCAUUUUGAUUAAGAAUGGCACAGUCUGUCUGUUCUGCUGUGCUCAAAACAUAGAACUACCACAUCAGAUAAGAAGAGCUUAUCACAAAUUUUAGU